AUGGCGGCCGGGAAGAUUGAGGCAGAUCGGUGCGACGACUGCUCAAUCAAACAAAGGCAGUUUGUUGCCGGCUCGCCCAUGUACGCUGGUAAUCAGUUGAGGUCCAGCUAUACCGCUUUAACAAAGAGCUGCUCCAAAACGGGCUUCCCUUUGGCACCCUCUACUUCUUUGCCGUCUCCAUCUACCAGCAAAAUUACCUCACCAACCCCUUCCGUCUGCAGCGGCAAAACAUACAACAUCAGAUCCGGAGACACAUGCCAGUCAAUUUCCAAGUCUCAAGGUGUCGGCACUGCACAGCUACUGGUGGACAAUGGUCUCGAAGCUUAUUGCAAGGACUGUCCAAGCCAAGGUGAACUAUGCAUCGACCGCACCUGCACCACACACACUGUGGCCGCCAAUGAGACAUGCGUAGAUAUUGGACGAAAACACGUUAUCACCCAAGUCCAGCUCACCACUUGGAACCCCAUUCUUGGUCACAACUGCCGUCAGAUUGAGCGCUCCGUUGGGAACAACAUAUGGUCUCGCCGCCAGGAGAUGAUGGUUCCUGGACGCCCAUCACAACCUCAUCAUCAGUCGCCCCAACAACAACAGAAACCGCAACACCGGCUCCUGUCCCAACGAACUUGGCAAAUGCCCGGGGAUUAUUGCAACAAGGUCAUUCUCAAAUAUAGCAUUUCGCUGGAUGAUUUCUUGUUUCUCAACAAGGGUGUGAACAAAAACUGCACGAACCUUUUUGCCACAGAGUCUUACUGCGUCUCGCCUUUUGGUUCUAUUGAUGACUAUCCCGGUGCACCAGGGUAUAUUGACCCGAGUGCCAGCUACUCGGAUAUUCACUACUCCAGCUACCCUACGGCAACCUAUACACCUCCAAUUGAUGCAAACGUAACAAAGCUCUUGCCCAUUUCCCCGGGUGGUCGGAAGGAUUGUUAUGUCUACGUAGCCGGCCCAGAACUCCAGGUCGACGUCUCCGGCACCUUCUACGCGUCUUCCUGCGAAGCCGUCGCCGAGGCAGCCGGAAAGACCGAAUCUCUCUAUCAGCGCCAACGGGACGUGCACGUUCAGCUCCAGCUACCGAUACUGCAUGAACCCGAACGGACCUACAGAUGGCGGUCCUAUUGCAACAACGCCUCCUAUGUCUUCCCCAGCACAUCGACGGCAUCGCAUACGACUAUAUCCUCCGUGAGCACCACGACUACGACGUCCAAGACCGCGCCCACGAACGGAGGCCCCCCUGGCCCAACCCAAUCUGGUAUACCCGAUAAGUGCAACAGAUGGCACCUAGUUACAAGCUCUGACGAGAAUUGUGCUACCGUUGCCGCAAAAUACGGCAUAAGCGUGAAGCAGUUUUAUGAUUGGAAUCCCGCUGUUUUACAUGACUGUGUGGACGGGUUCUGGAAGGAUGAAGCAUAUUGUGUCGGUGUAGCCAAGUGA